AUGGAGAGCGUUUGCUAUUCAAAGACCUUUAUUGAUAUUGAGGAGGUCAAUGAAUCAUCGGCAGCGCAGCGAACAUGCAGUGCUCCACCAGUGAUGGCUAUCUCCCUGGAGAACACCGCAAGCAAGUUCGCCCCUCAUCAAUUUGAAGAGCGCAGGAUCAGUCUGCAGGUGUCGAAAUUGCACCAGGGAUCCCAACUCCUGGAUGCGGAGAACUUGGCGAUCUGCAAUGAGGUGAAUCUAUCGCGUGGAAGCUACGGCCAUCCAAAUGUUUGUGCCCGGCCGUGUAUCCUCUUCCUACGCGAUGAAUGUUACAAGGGAAGGAAAUGUGGCUUCUGCCACUUGCCUCACGAAUCGAGGCCUCCAACCCUCGACAAGCAACAACGCAGCUACUUGAAGGAGCUUCCCAAAGUCACCUUCCUGAAGAUGCUCCUGCCAUUUGUUCGUGAACGUGUGGAGGGCACUGAGCUAGACGCGGCCGUUGUGCUCCAGCUACUCAUGUCGGAAAUUUCAGUGCGUUCUCCAGAAUCUCCAGCUCCGACCGUUUUUACUCCUACCCAAAUUCGUAUUGUGUUCGAGCGAAUGAGUUUGGCUGGUUUAGUCAGUACAGCAUGCACCAUUCUGCCCCAAGACCGGUUUCCGAAGCUCAUGAAAAAUGAGUUGCGAAGGGUGCGAAAAGCUAUCAAAGCUUUUGACCUGGAUACUCUUGGCUGA